UAUUCAUCUGCAUCAUCUCAGAGACACGGACUCUAUCUUUUUAUUUCCUCUGCAGCUCCUCACUCUACUGUCGCUUUGCUUUCCACUACUUUGUGCGUCUCAGGGUGAAGAAACCACACCGCUUGUGUGUUUGCUGGCCCAGAAUGCGCCUGCAUUUUCCGCAGCGAGCGCUCCCUUGACAAACACAGAGCUCUAUUUUUGUGGCGUUAUAGCCCCUCCUUACAGUAUCUUUCGCGGGAUAUUCUACCCUCUGGCUGCCGUUUUUCGUUCUUUUCUGCCACUCGCAAGGGAUCUAGUGUCGGGGCUCUAACUGCCCUCAUCGCGUCGAUCGUGUUUCCUAGUGCGCCCCUCCAGGAUUUCCGCUGUCAUGUCAGUUAUGUAUGCUGUUCCCACUACUCCCCGCGUAACUUCGCCGUCUCCCGCUCCUUCAGAUAAUUUGACCGCCGGAAACGUUGAGUCUGGCCGUGUCACGCGAUCCGCUUCUGCGAGACAACGCCUCUCGUCGCCUCCCGCCAUAUCAGAGGAGAACGAAACCCACAAUGAGAGUGAGGAGGAAUCAAGCUCGGACUCUAUUACAGACCGCCGCGCACGUACGCGCUCUCGGAGCCCGACUGGGCUACCUCCGAAUCAAGCACGUCGACGAAUGACGGGACUAACGCCUGUGAACGGCGCCUCGAUAACAGGCUUAUCAAAAUCCGAACCCCUGUCGAAUGGAUAUGUCCCUGCGAAUGGCCAUCUCUCCCCAUAUUCCAACAUUCAAAACCGUUUGCGGGCUUUCUCCCGUUCUCCUUCACCACUAGGCCUCAUACCGCUUCAUAGACACUACAGGACUUUUAUUCAUCGGCAUGAAAUCCCGCGCAAACUUCUCCAUGUUUCAAUCGGAUUUGUCACGCUCCAUCUCUACUACCGUGGGGUCCAGACCUUGAACGUAGCUCCCUGGCUCCUAACAGCAUUGAUCCCAAUAGCUAUUACCGAUUUCCUACGACACCGCUACCAGUCUGUAAACAAACUGUACAUCCGGUGCUUGGGGGCGCUUAUGCGAGAGACCGAGGUAGCCGGGUACAAUGGUGUGAUCUGGUACCUGUUGGGAGCAUAUAUCUCUCUCCGUUUCUUCCCAAAGGAUGUUGGCGUGGUGGGCGUUUUGCUCCUGAGCUGGUGCGACACCGCUGCAUCCACCUUCGGGCGCUUGUAUGGCCGGUACACGCUUCGUCUCCGCAGUGGAAAGAGCUUGGCUGGGACUCUAGCCGCUUGGGCCACAGGGGCUGCUACUGCAGCUGUCUUCUGGGGUUAUCUUGUCCCUUGGUUCGGUACCUUCCCUGACGAUCCUGAGGGGUCAUUCAUGUUCAAUGGCACCCUCAAUCUGAUUCCAAGCUUCAUUCGAGGCUACCUCGGGUGGGCUGGGAUUUCCGCAACUAGCGCAGCUAAAGCAGUGGUUACUGGGCCUUUGGCUUUGGGUAUUAUGAGUAUGUGGACGGGAAUUGUGGCUGCUGGCAGUGAACUUAUAGACAUCUUCGGAUGGGAUGAUAACCUUACCAUUCCCGUCCUUAGUAGUGUUGGGAUUUGGGGCUUUUUGAAAACUUUCGGAUGAUAUGGUUUAUUUUCACAUCACUCUUCUCGAACUCUAUCUUAAUACUUUCCCCCUUCCCUUUCGGCUCCUUGUUUUCUUUUCCCUGAUGGUGCUCCAUGAUGUCAUUUUCACGAACCCUACAUUUCCACCUCUGAAGUUUACGUACGGUCCUCUAUCUUAUCCCUUUUUUUACCGGCCCAUCUCCCCGUAUGUUUUCGCGAAUCGCCAUUUCAGCUGGUGCUCGUUUUCUAGACAGUUAUGUUACCCUCACCACCCCGCUUUUUUAUAUCACGGAUACUUGCCAGUUCCCUUUUUCCAUUAGCCCCUCAAUCAUUGAAUCCCUAUUUUCAACCCGACAUUUUGCGUUCGUGACACUGGCAUUACUUCUGGAUUUAUCGUACAACCCCUUUCUGUCUUCGGCGUUUAGGUUUAGGUCUAAGGAAAGACAGCAUAAAGACAAUAGCUCGAUAUUGGAUAGCUUAGUAUUCAUUAACUUAAGAAAUAUAAAUCAUUUAUUCUCUGGCGUUUAUUGUACCGUGAUAUAGGUUUCCCGUGGUUGACAAGGUCAUAGAGGGGUUAGCUGUUGGUGAAAGAAAAUUUGGUGAAUGGGCAUCGUUAGUUUAGAGGAAGUUUAUUGGGGGUCUAUGGACCACAAUGUAUGUAUUAAUUCUAGCGGGAUAUUGGUAGGAUUUUGCAUUUCAAUAUGGGGUAUGCUCAGCAAACAGGAAUGAGGAAUGGCCAAAAAAGAAUCCAGAGUAUGUUUAGCCUAAUUCCUGAUUUCCAAAAAAAAGUGUACCGCGGUGGCGAUUCAGGUAACACGUGUACCGGCUACUCUUCACUCAAAUCUAGAAUACUUACUCGUCCAAUUAAUUUCUUCUUGCCUAGUUUCUUAUCAAGGAUAGUUUCCCUUCGACUAUUUCUUGCGGCCCCCGUAUAAUAAUUGCUCUGCUCUUCAGGGGAAAUGUUUUCGUCCUCGUUCGUGCUCUGCCUGUAUGUCCAGUAUCCUUUGUAAGUUUCGAUGACUGACAGCUCGGUUCGCUGAAAUGGAGAAUUUGUUGCCCGGACCCCAUUUUCCGUUUUAGAAAGUAAUUUUCUGCGGUCGUCGUUCGAGGGAAGGUCUGCAACUGCACUCGCUAAAGGAUUAUCCUGGGAAGACCCACCCUUUUCAAUGGUGGUAUGUGAGUGUUCAGAGAAUCCAUCCACUUUAUGCUCUUGAAUCUUCAGUGCCGACAUUUGAGAUAAUAUGUCAUCUGCAGUGGAAAGGUUGAAUUCUGAGAUUGACGAUCGCAAGGAUGACGUAAAAGUGUUCAACUUCGUGGCAUGAUUUUCCUCCUCGAUAUCUAAACUUUGAAUGGGCGGGUAAAUAUCACGAUUUUUAGGCGACGAUAGCUGAGCAUCUGAUGAAAUUUGCAUGUCAAACAUGGCUUUGCCUAACAUUUCUAUGGAAGUGUUGUACAAAUCCGCUAGUUAUUAGCAUGGGAAGAUUGAAAACAUCGUAUAGAAAGGGUGAGAGGAACUUACAUUCAUUACCAUGUUCGAAGUUCAAUGCCGCCUUAGUAUUAGUUGAAGUCGCCACGCUCGAUGAUUUUAGGGAAGCUAAAGGAUCUCCGUUACUCGAGCUAUAUGCUUGACUGGAUGACAAUUCUGAAAGCUGCGAGAAUAAUCCGAACGCGUCUUCAUUUGUGAUGGUAGAACCGUUUCGGCACGCGGCUUUUUGAGAAGAGAACGGACGAGAAUUGGUCACUACAGUACCUAGGCUUUUAACAAUAGUUCCAUACUUCAUAAUCUCGCCAAAUUUCAUUUUCGGAUCGACGACUUUAGGUUUCGUCACCUUCGGGGCUCUCUUGCGGGAAGCUCGUUUCUCCGCAGCUGCUAACUUCUCCUGUUUUCGCGUAUUCCACAUGUUGACUGCCUCUGGCAUUCCAAUCUCCGCGACAGCUUCAAACACCCAUACCCUAUCUUUUUGCGUAGGGUCGUACGAAGUUUGCCGUCGUGUUUCCCGAUUGGGGUUGGCUACAUCGUCUUCAAUCUCUAGAUUGUCGAUAUCCUCGGUCUCACUCUCUUGUUGUGCCCCGGUGGCGGUGGGUUCACUGUUUAAGUCUAACCCAACAAUAUCGCUCGGUAUAAACUCAAGCCUCAGCUCUGAUAAUCCAUCGGUGCUGUAGUGAAAUCUUUGCCCGCAAAAUUGCGCGCCUGUUGUUGGUUCAUAAAGGGCUAACGAGUCAAGGUUGGCGAGGAGUGGGAGGCAUAAUCUCAAUCUAUUGCACACCAAGGGCCCCGCAAGGAUCUUAGUCAAUCUUCUUGCAGAGCCAUGCUGCCAGCCGAAAUCCUUCCAAACGAAGUUUCUAAGACCCUCGAUAUCAAUGGCUUGGUCCCACUUAAAUGACUGCCGUACCUCAUUUAGCUUCUCUGCCGAAGAAACAACUGGAUGUGUGUAGUCGCGCAGCACUUUCAGGUCCGGAAAGUUAUCUGGAAUUUGGACAACUUUGUGUUUGGACCUAAAAUAUCCCUCACCAUUUUCAUGGAGCUCGGUUUGCAGCCGUUCUCUCCAUUUCCCUAACUUCAUAGCUACUUCCGAUGGGCUACCUUCGAUGGCUUGUAAUAAUUCGUUACCAAAGCCUGCCUGUACGAUUUCCCCUGCCAGCUUCGGGCCGCAUUUUGGUACUCCCGCAGGUAGAUAGUCGCCUCCACUUAACAACGCAAAGAGAAUCAUGCCACCCCUAUCAAGCGGAACAUUCGGUUUCUCUUCAUCCCCAGUCCCCUCGGUUCGAUAAAGAGUAACAUGGGUGGCCGCAUUUGUUCCGCUAGAGUUUUCUUUGGAAAAGUUCAUGAUCGUGACCUUUGAUCCAAACAUAAUAGCGUCGACAUCAUUGCUCAUAACUGCAUCCACCACACCGGAGGUCUGCAGCCUCGCGCAUUCAGCCUCAGCUUCUCCCGGUGCUGUGUGAUGCGGAAAGCGGAAUAAGUCUAUCAAAUAUUUGGAACGCCGUAUUACCCUUCCCAGAUCACCAACUCCGGUGUUUCUGCCAAUUAACUUCCCACGCUUGUACGUGGGCCUUUGCGGGCCAUCGUAAACGAACAGUGGAUGCACAGGUAAUCCCGUCA